CCAGAUCUCGAUAAGGUUAACCUGCCAUGGUAGCUUAUUCACGACACAGACGCUUAUAGAUACUCGUCAUACGAGUUGGCAACAUGAUUGUUUACAUGUUGGCCAUCCUUCAUCGUGGAAAAGGAAGGGGGCAGAUGAUCACGAAAAAAAAAUACCGGAUGCAUCGCGUAUCAUAACGAAUGGUUAACUGUGAUUGGACCGUAUUACACGCAUUCGUAUGUGAUCUGGCAUGCAUGUGGCUCAACAACAGGUCAUAAUUCAUUCAAGAAAUUCUCAUUUGAUAAUAAGCGAUAAAGAUUAGGGUUACUAAAGUUUACCUUUUCAAGCCCUUUGUCAAACCGUUCAAUAAAGUUACAGUUUCUGGCCCCAGUGAGUACAACCGUGGAGGGAAAUUCAAGGGCAGACUGGAGAUUCUAUUAUCAUUCCAAACUGUCGUCCAGGUUUUCCAUUGGUCUCCAUGCCAAAAUACGGUUGCAUCCGACGCAGCCGUUGGUUUGCCGCGUGGUAUAAAAAAAAAAGAAAAAUACGGAUGAUUUGGCUUCGUCUGAGUUGGGGUGCAUGUUUUUUGGGAUUUUUUUCCUAUUUGGGAGAGCUGCAUCGGAAAGUGAAGAGCCAGGCAUUUGAGUCACUUUGGAGUUUCAUCAUUGCAACAAUGGAUGUUUCCAUUUUACAGCUUGUUACACGAAAAGAUAAGCAACUCCUAUUCCCGAUGAUCGCGUUUUACAGUAAUUCUUUGUUUAAGCUUGGGAGUGUGCAACUUGCCAAAACCCAUUCAAGCAUCAAGAUCCGUCCUGCUUUAGGAAAUUCGGUGUGGCGUUCCCUUUUUACUCAGUGGGAAAAAAAGGGGGCAAGAAACAGGGCGGAAAAAAAAAGAGUCAUUUCAAAAAAAUAAAAACGCACAUUUCGCAUCAGUGUUCCGGUACAACAUCCCCAAAUAGGCAUAUUUCCAUUUUUGUUCAGAUCUACUCGGCAACCGCAUUUGGUAGUUUAAUAAAAUAGGAUAGAUGUACCACUACAGCUUGUGUUCAACGUUGCUUGCCACAUACAUUGGGGUAAUUAUUUUUUUUUUGCGAGCAAAAAAAAAAAAAAAAAGAAAAAAA